AUGGGCUCCUUCGAUUACGCCGAAGAGCGGCCGGAACACAUCACAGCCAUCCUCAAUGGCCUCGACAGAUACAACCCAGAGACCACCACAAUAUUCCAAGAAUACGUGGCACAACAGUGUGAAGAUAGCACAUACGACUGCUAUGCUAACUUGGCAUUGUUGAAACUAUACCAAUUCAACCCCCACCUCACCAACUCCGAAACCAUCACGAACAUCCUCGUCAAAGCUCUCACAGCCUUCCCUUCUUCUGACUUCUCCCUCUGCCGCCACCUCCUCCCUCCAAAUUUCCUCCCCCCAAUCCCAAAUGCCACCGAACUCACUGAAGCUGUCCAAAAACUCACAACCCUAAACUCUCUCCUCGAAUCCUGCAACUUCAAAGAGUUCUGGAAUACACUCGACUCAGAUGACCUCUUCGCCGAUUUAAUAGCCGACGUCCAAGGUUUCGAAGACACCAUCAGACGACGAAUCACCGGUGUUGACACAUCCGAUGUUGAGACCAGAAUCCCGGGUGUCAUUGACUCCUCGAUGCGUGAGAUCGAGCGAACAAUGCUCGAGGACUGGCUGAACCUUCGGGAUGAGAAGUUCGAGGAAUUCGUAACUUCCGUUGCCGGGUAUCAGAUUGACGGAAACACUGUUAUCAUUUCCUUGAAUAAGGACAAUGAGGCUAAGCCUACAAUCACAAGGGAGAGCGUCAAGAUUGACCAAUUCUCGAGAGUCAUCCGAAGAGCAUACGAGCAGCCUGCCUAA